CCUCUGAUAGGCUGUCCCUGGUGACGUCACGGCUAUCAGCUGUUGGAGCUCCACAACAACAACAAAGAAGCAUCAGGCCGCGGAGGAAACUUCACCUUUUUAUACUUGAACAUCAUUUUAUUUCUUCCGAGAAGAAACAUCCGGGUUCUGCUGGUCCUGAAGAACCGCGUCUACCUCAGCCUCAGGGAUCUCAAAGCGGACUCGCGCUCUUCUUCUGCGGCAGCAGGGUUUCUGAUUUAUCGACUCGUUCCUCGACCUGGACGCUGAGCGAUGUCCAUCCUGCGUCUGCUGACCCUCAGAUGAUCGCUGACCACACGCUGUUGUUGCACUUUACCUUUCCGGAGCCUUCCUGCCGCCGCGAAUCCCGCAGCUGAUGACCAAAGUGCCCGCCACGCCCCCCCGCCAUCGCCCCGUGCCGCGCGCCCUCCCCAACCCCUCCCUCAUUCUCUCGCCCCGGCAGGACGUCCAGGCGGGAUGUUUCAGAGGUUCACUAGCGCUCUGUUCGGGGAUGAGGAGCUGAGCCGAAGCAGCGAACCUGGAGACAGCAAAGAGGAGGAGGAGGAGGAGGAGGACUGGAUCCUGGUCAACUACCUGGCUGAGGCCUGCUCCGGUCAGCGUGGUGACGGCCUCCCUGGAUCCUCUGGUGCUCGUGAAGAGGAAGAGGAGGAAGAGGAGGAGGAAGACGAUCUGGUGAUGAUUCCCUCUCCGAUGGCCAGCCCCCCCAUCCGCUACGCCUCCUGCACCUCCCUCAACUCCACGACUGACACUGACCCGGAUGGCGGAGCCGAGGAGGAUGAAGAGGACGGGGACGAAGAAGAGGGCGGCUUCCAGCGCCUGGACGCCUGCUCUCUGGAGGAGAGCUGGUUUGUCACCCCCCCGCCCUGCUUCACCGGCCGCGGCCGCCGGCCCGUCCUCCUGGAGACCAGCCCUCUGGAGAACCUGCUGAUCGAGCACCCCAGCAUGUCCGUGUACACCCACCACAGCCCCCCUCGGCUGACCAUCGACCCCCUGCCGCGCUCCCUGGACCGGGAGCUGGACUUUCUGUCCGGCAACGUGCCGGCGACCCCGACCGCCUCGGGGGGGAAGGAGAAGGCGAGACGCACGCUGGACGGCCCACGCCACAGGCCAGAGGUGGCGAUUGUCCCGCGGCGCUCCAGCCUCCACGCCGCCUGCUACGCCGCGGCGCUCUCCGCCCGCUCCGGCCUCGUGCAGCCGCGCUCGGGCGGCGCCGCCCAACGCACCCAGCUGCUGUCCCGCAACGCCCUGCGCCGCCUCAACCUGCUGCGCCCCCCCAAGACCAGCACCAUGCACCUGCACCAGCCGUGCCAGAGACACCUCAACUUCUGAGGCCAGGGCGACCUUCAUCCCCAUCCUCCUCCUCCUCCUCCUCCUCCUCCAGCCCUUCAGCCGUGUGGAAACUCAACCCACACUCAUCUCACCAGCAGCGAGUCAUCAGCCCUCACUUACACACAGCUGUUCCAGAAUCUGAUUGGACGGUUAAAAAGGGAAACCGGCUGGUGAUUCCUCCUCUUUUUAUCAAUUAAUGUAGCACCUCCUGCUCCUCCUCCUCCUCCUCCUCCUCAUCCGUCCAUCCUGUGAAAGAAAGGGUCAUGUGUUCCCACCUCACAUUCUCUGUGGCCAAUCACAAUGAGCGGGCGUUGUCACAGGGACGUCCUCCUCCUCCUCCUCUUCUUCUCUUUCUCCUCCUCUUCUUCUCGUUCUCCUCCUUGUUCUUUAUGAGUCGGUGCUGUGGGUCCCUUUACUCAGCGGCAGGUUCACAGCGAGGCUCCGUCGGGCAGCUCUCUGGUCAACUUGACGUUUCAGACCCUGCAUCACCUGAACCUGUGCCCUUUAAUCAGCGCGGGGGGGGGGGGGGGGGGGGUUCUAGCGUCGACACGUUGAACACAGCUCGGGUCUGAGACGUGUCAGUAAAAAGAGGCUAAAUCACAACUUUAAAGGGAAAGUCUCCUCAAAUAGUCCGGACACUGUGACACUUCCUGUUCCUGUUCUUUCAUCCAGUCGAGCCUGAAAGGAAACGCCCACUUUUUCAUCCUGGAACCAGUCUUUAAUUCUUUCAUUUCAUUUCUUUAAUUCAGAGCAAAAACUAAUAUUAGAAAACGGGAAAAAACAACUUUCAGUGCCUCUUCUUGAAAAUCAGUUUUGCUUCAAACUCUGAAUUCGCUUCGUGUUUUGCUUUAAGUCCGACGUCACAAACAUCCAGUGAAUCACUGAUGGUUGAGAGAAUCCACGUCCUCUCGUGACGCAGCAGAUGUAAAACCCGUCACCACAGUGUUUCCCAAAGGUUCGGAUCUUUUGAGGAGACUUUUCCUUUUCCUCGUGUGGAUCCUGCGGCGCCGCUCGAACCCGCCUCUGACUUUGUAAUUCAGUAGUUUUCACAACAUCUUUUUGAUAGAAGAAAAAAAGACGGUAAAAUUUACUGGGUUAGAUAUCACUAAACGCCUUGUUUUAACGGUAGCUUUCAGAUGAAUAGAUAUAUAAAAAAAAAUGUAUUUAAAAAAAAAAAACUUCCAAAAUAUUUUUUGAAAAGAAAAAAACAGAUUACAUAUCAGUAUGAAGUUGGUUUAUAUGUGUCCAUGGUUUCGGUGUGUGUGGUGACGUUCAUGUGUUGCAUGGUUGUAGAGUUGUGUCAGUGUCACGACGGCUGAAACAGAAAAUGGAAAAAGAUGAUUUGUUCUUUUGCUCUUAAAUGAAUCUGCAGUUCACUUCUCAGGGUCACAACCAAUCACUUACACUUAAGGAAAAUGCAGAUUUACUUGACAGCUGAUGAUUCUUUUUUGUGUGCUCACACUUUUCCCCUCGCGGGAGUAGUGACUUUUAAUUUGCUGUCUGGGAAACGAACCCUGAUCCCAGGUCUGUGAAAAGAGGCUUGAUGCUCAGUUGACAGUUGGAAAUCCAUCGAGAUGGAGAGAAACUUGUUUGUCUUUAUAUAUCUAUAGAUAUAUAGAUUGCUCGAGUGUACCUAUAACAUAGUUUUAGAAAUGUAUUUUAAUGCUUUUUAUUUGUUUUAUUUCCAUGUUAACUUAGUUACAUUUUCAUAAACUGUUUAAAAUAUUUAAACCAAAAAGUAGCAGUGACCUUUAAGCUUUCACUAGUUGAUCAUACUGAUGUUCUUUUGUGUUCUUUGUUCUUUAGUUGUUUAUCUUGUAAUUGUUAACAGCUCUCGGUCUAGUGGCUCUGAAUCAGUGGCGGAGUGGGUUUAGUGGCCGCUGUAGGGAAAGUGGAGCCCGGGCCGAGUGGCCACACUGCAGCUGAACAGGGAUCAGCUCUUCUGUGUAAAGAGAAGAAGAAGAGACGACAAAACUGAACAUGAACACGUCCAGAGACAAAUAAUGAGACGCUGAUUCAAACACACAUUCAAAAGUUUGACUUAUGUCAGAGUAACGACUUCCUGUCAAACUACAAACACAAAUACUUUACUCAUCACUUGUUUUGAAUGAUUUGUGGAAGUGAUGGACUGAGUGUCACAUGGUUUCUGCUCCUGGAUGAUCUGAAGCUUCAGUGUUUCACAGGUUUCCACCGACCUGUCCUCUCAAACAGGAAACACUCAAUGUUGAUGUUGGACUUUCGGGAACUGAUCCCCUUUCCUGUGCUGUGUGAAUCUGGGGUCAGUUCAGAUCCAGUUUCUCGUGGCGGAGACGUUUCUGCAGUGUGGCAGCUGAAUGUCUGAAUCUGGCGGCCUCAGCUGAUUGGCCGGUAGCGUUUAUAACAACGCACUAACACGCGCUUGUUAGGCGCCUGUAGGGUUCUCUGUAAAUAAUCGUAACGAUAGUGGAGUGGUUCUUUCUCUGGUGUGUUUGAGCUUUUCUUUUCUCGAAUGUCUCCCUCUGUUAUCGAGCUUUGCAAUCAUGGACGAUGUCAUUUUGUGUUUCUGUUGUUUUUGAAGCAGACUUUAGGACAGAAGGGAUCGGAGGAGUCAGUCAGGAGCCUCUCAGAUUGGACUUGUAGUUUCUGUUCUCGCCAUCAUCAUCAAACUAACAGGGAUUUGUGAUGUUUUUCUUUUUGUUUGAUGCCUUGAACUUUGUGGAUCAUGUGCCUUCCAGGUUGAAAUGUUGUAAUGACAAUGCAUCAAUGAAGAACUUGAACUCUUUUUUUUAAAAUAUAUAUACAGACACACAAACAGACGUCAGAAACCAACUAUGCACCACUUGAUCGCCCAGCGUACGUCUUUUAUAUCGACUCAACAACCAGACAGAUGAUGUAGCAAAACCUCCUUUCUCCUCUCGUUUAUUUAAAGAAAAGUGUGAAGAAUAUUUUGUGGCAUUUUUUUUUCUCCAAGUACUAGACAAUUGUUUUGCUUUUUUUUGUGUAGUUUACUGGAAUAAUACAGCACUUUGCCAAAAACAAAAAAAAGUUUAGGAAUUUUAGUUUAAUGUUUUAUUUAUCUACAUAUCUGUUCUCCUUUUUUUUUAUGUGUGAAUGAUGGAUUAUCUGAUGUCAGAAACAAAAAAAAGAAUGCUAAUUAUAGAGUGGGGUCAUCUGUUAUUGAACUGUAAUAGUUAACACAUGUGAUCUCUUAUUACAUAAUAAAUGUUUUCAUACACAGCU